UCGGUGCAAUCUUCUGUUCUUAAAUGUGUGUUUUGGCCGCGCCAGUCGGCACUUUGCGUGUGUAAUCAGUGCUAACGCUGCUCCAGUGGUCAGUUGAAGACAUUACCGUUAACGUUAAUCCCCUCAUCGGGGGGUUUACACUGUGUUUAGUCUUGUAUGAAUGAGUAGCUAAGUUAGUCCGAUCAUCAUCCUGGGAGGUUUUAAUGUGUUUGCAGCAUCAUUCAGCACACUGAUGCACUGUUGUGCGCCACUCUCCACACACCGUUGUCAUAAUUUUCCACCUGGAAGUGGGGGAUGGUACAUUUAGUGGAAAGUACACCCCGGCUGCAUCGUCCACACCACUGUUUACAUCUCUGCAUCCCUGUGUGUGUGUGACAGGGAGAUAUUUUUUUCGCGCAUUACCUCCCCUUCAUCUCCAUGAUGAAGGUACUGCAUAUUGUAAUGUGAGAUUUGUUAAGUUUUUUUGUAGCUGAGAUAGUGAUGCAGUCAUGGCAAUUAUGCCACUGGUCGGUUCACUUGCUGUCCUUUGCCGCAGACACAAGCUAACACUGCAAAACUUAUCUUCUUAUUAGUAAUUUAACCGAUUAUUAAGUAUUUUCGCUUACACAUUUACUCAAUUUGCCUGUGAGGCCACGUAUUUGUCAGUGCAUUUUUAGGUGGCCUUAUCUUGUUUGUGUGUGAAUAUAUGUGAAUAAAAUGUCAAAACAAAUUAAGCUUUUCAGAGGAACUUGUUCAUUGCAGCAGCAGGAUACAACAAAGUACACUGGGAUAUAAACAUCGCUGUCCAGUAACAAAUGCAGUGCGAGGACAAUGGAUGAGGAUGUCACCAGGCUUGCAAUACAUUCUGAAGAGCCUAAAAUAAUAUUACACGGAUCGGAUGAGGGUGGUGCCGGCGGACAGGAGUUUGUUGUGGAGCUUCAAGAGACUGUGUUGGUGUCAGAAGGCGAGGGGGAAGGCAUGGCAGUUCACAGAUUUGCCCCAGACGAGCUAGUCAUCCAGGAUGCUGUUGAGGAUGUGGUUUCUGAGUAUGUGCACUGCGAUGAAGAUGAGGAUGAGGAUGACGAUGUUGCAGUAGAAACCUGCGUGAUGGCUCUUGAAGGUGAGGAGGAAGGUGUUGCCAUGGGAGACAUCCCUGAAGAUGGGCUGGACCCAGAGCAGCAGGAGGACGACGACCAAGACGGUUGUGGAGAUUAUCUCAUGAUAUCCCUGGAUGAAGCUGGCAAAAUGGUGUCUGAGGAUGGAACGGAGGUAACGGUGGAGGGAGCUGUUGAGGACCAGGAAGUGGAGAAGGAUGAGGAUGGGCAGGAAGUAAUAAAAGUGUACAUCUUCAAGGCUGAUUCUGGGGAGGAUGACAUGGCAGAAUCGGUUGACAUCAGCGAUGGAGACACGGAGAGUGUGGCGUUAACAGAAUCUUCAGGCCAAACACUCAGAGAGAAGAUGGUUUACAUGUCUGUCGGAGACUCUCAUCACAAUCAAGGAAACCAUGGUGGGUCCAAGGUGACUGAUGAGGUUUAUAUGGAGGUGGUGGUAGGAGGCGAAGAGCCAGUAACUCAAGACCGCUCGUAUGACAGCGUGUCUCUAAGCAAGGACUUCAUGCCUGUGGCCUGGGCAGCUGCUUAUGGUGCGGAGGAUAGCGAGAGUUGUGAAAACAGAAACGGUGCAGCCAGCGCACUGCUGCACAUCGAUGAAUCUGACGGGGUUGAUGAAAUCAAUAGACAACGUAACAAGAGCAGGAGGCGGUCGGAGCCUCGCCAGGUGCAGACAGCCAUCAUCAUCGGUCCAUAUGGUCAGCCUCUGACCGUUUACCCCUGCAUGCUAUGUGGUAAAAAGUUCAAGUCACGAGGCUUCCUGAAACGCCACACCAAGAAUCAUCACCAGGAUGUUCUGACAAGGAAAAAGUACCAAUGUACAGACUGUGACUUCACCACCAACAAGAAAGCUAGCCUCCACAACCACAUGGAGGUGCACGCUCUGAGCAGCAAGGCCCCUUUCGAGUGUGAAAUGUGUGGCAAGGAGUUCCACCAGCAGGCGGCGCUGUUCUCUCACAGACUGCAGCACCACCACCGAGAGCCCAAGAGCCAGCCGCCUCCAACGCCCAACAAGAUGCAUAAAUGCAAGUUCUGUGACUAUGAAACAGCUGAGCAAGGACUGCUCAAUCGGCACUUGUUGGCAGUUCACAGUAAAAGCUUCCCCCACAUCUGCGUGGAAUGUGGAAAAGGCUUUCGACACCCUUCAGAAUUGAAGAAACACAUGCGCACGCACACGGGCGAGAAGCCCUACUCCUGCCUGUACUGCGACUACAAGUCGGCCGAUUCCUCUAAUCUCAAGACGCACAUCAAGACUAAGCAUAGCAAAGAGAUGCCAUACAAAUGUGAGCGCUGUUUCCAGACCUUUGCAGAGGAGGAGGAGUUAAUGCAGCACGGACUAACACACGAAGAGAAUAAGACCCACCAUUGUGCCCACUGUGAUCACAAAAGUUCCAACUCCAGUGACCUGAAACGCCAUAUCAUAUCUGUUCACACCAAGGACUAUCCACACAAAUGUGCCAUCUGUGGUAAAGGUUUCCACCGGCCGUCUGAACUAAAGAAGCACUCGGUAUCCCACCGCACCAAGAAACUCCAUCAAUGCCGGCACUGCAACUUCAAAAUUGCAGACCCUUUUGUUCUCAGUCGCCAUAUCUUGUCUGUCCACACAAAGGAGCAACAGGCCUCUCCUGAAAAGAGUGAGUCUAAGAGGACAGAGACGCACGCUCCCGUUGUGACACCUAAAAAGUCUGCACCUAGCGCGUCCAGCGCCUCUGGCCCGCCUGGCAGAGUCAGUGCAGCCAGCUUAGCCAGCAGUGUCACUGUCGUUAUUGGCAAAGGACAAAAAGAAAGGAGAAUUUACCAGUGCCAGUACUGUGACUACAGCACUGGCGACGCAUCGGGUUUCAAGCGACACGUGAUUUCCAUUCACACAAAAGACUAUCCGCACCGCUGCGAGAUCUGUUCGAAAGGGUUCCGACGACCCUCGGAGAAGAACCAGCAUAUCAUGCGCCACCACAAGGACGUAGUGCAGGCAGAUUGACUCUGACCGAGCCAAAUCCUGUGCCACAACAAAGAACAAUGUUCAAAGCAACCAUCACCCCAUUCUCUGCACCCUCGGCACAACACCAGUCAUAUUGAAAUAAUGUGACGUGCUGCACUUAGUCUGUUCUGUUUUGCUCUUUUUUGAUCCUCAUCCUAAUGUUCAGAAAUGUAUACACAUGUACAUAACAUUAAUGCUUUGUCCAAGUUGGCAACAGAACCCCUCCGUAGACUUGCACUUUUAACUGCAUGUCCCUUUGCUGGUAACAGUGUGCAUGGCAGAUUGUGCAGAUGUCUCUUUGUAGAUAUACAUUUUUAAUUUUGCAGGCAGAAAUCAGUCGUCAAUCACAAUGGUCCUAAUUAUUUGUCUCAAACUGAAGUGUAAUUUGCUAAUCUUUUGCAUCAUUUUGUUAAAAUUUACAAAACACAGCAGUAUAGAUUAGCAACCUGUUUCCAGUAGCACUUGCCAUCUUGGUAAAGGUGUGUGUGUGUGUGUGUGUGUGUGUGUGUGUGUGUGUGUGUUGUGUGUGUGUGUGUGUGUGUGUGUGUGUGUGUGUGUGUGUGUGUGUGUGUGUGUGUGUGUGUGUGUGUUGUGUGUGUGUGUGUGUGUGUGUGUGUGUGUGUGUGUGUGUGUGUGUAUUUUUUGUGUGUGUGUGUGUGUGUGUGUGUGUGUGUGUGUGUGUGUGUAAGAAAGAGUAAAUGACAAACGGCGUCUAUUGUGCUUCCUGGUGCUCCGACCCCACCACUCUGUAACAUAGUGUUUUUUGUUGUUGUUAAAAACACAAGGCUGGCUGUGUACAGCACUCAGAGAAAAGGAACAUUAAUUCUUAGCUUUGUACACAGUGGUCAUCAAUCAUUGAAUUAACACACAGUAAAAAUAAUGGUUGUCAUGGUAUUGACUAAAGGUUCACAUAUGCACAUACUGUAUAUCACAAUGCGAUCAUUACCCCAUCACUUGAUUAUCAUACACCUAUGAUAUUUCAGUUUCAAGUCAGUAAGUGUCCUAUAAAUUGUUCAGAACAAGUGCCCAAAGCAGUAAAGAUGAAGCCCUGACUGUAAUUUUAAUCCGUUAAUGCUACCUGGAGAGCGAAAUCUCAUUAAUUUAAAAAAGCAGAUAGAUGAGGGAAAUGUAUGUUUUCACAUUUUUCUUUUUCUAUGAACAAACUUGUUUCUCAUAUUAAUUGACAUAUCUUUUAAAUCGCAGAAAAAGCAUAAUCUGCAAGUAUCAGGAUGAUAUUAGUACUCAUAUUAGGCUGGGUUAAAGGAAAAAGUUCAGUGGUCAAUGGUCUGGCCAAAAUAGGAAUCAUACAGUGUGACUGGUGCGGCUGUUAUGAAACUAUGGACUGAACUCUUUGUUUUCGCCCUCACAGAUGUACUUUUGCCAGUACAAAGGCAAAGUGUUUAUCUUUUUAGAUGCAACUUCAGAAGACAGGUGCUGGUGGUGUACUGUGGCUUUUUACAUUUUUGUUAUCACCUGUGAUUAUUCCUGUUUUUAUAUUUAUUUCAUUUACAAGUUGUUGUAUAGUUAAGUGUAACUAGACUUCUAUGGGACGUAAAUUAUUGUUUUGUAUACAAAUCUGUACAAAGCGUGUAGAUGUGAACACUUGAUAAAAAGAAAAUCUGAACUGUGUUGUUAUGGAUGUACUCAACGUAUUUGUUAAAAAAGUUAAUAAAAGCAAAGUAUUUUA